UGUGCUUCGUACGGCGCCCCGCCCACACAAGAGAUGGACUCUCACUUGGCUCAUCCGCUCUACGACUCUUGUGCGCGGCGUCUCGUCGCCUGGUGGAAUGUGCUCCUCGUCUUCUUCCUCGUCCUUCGACUCGCCUCCGCUCAACCAUCUCUCGAGAACGGCCUUCUUAGUUCGCAUUCCCGCGACGACCUCGUGGAAAAGCUCACUGAGCUCAUUCACGAGCUCAUCACCGAGUUCAGAGAGGGUGACGAGCUCCCGGGACCACCGCCACCAGGUGCAGUUCGCCUUGCUUCCUUCAAUGCGGCCCUCGUCGGCGAGAAUCCCAAAGGGCAAGAAGGAAGCCUCUUCGACAUGCUUGUCGAAGGGAGCGAAGAGAUCUCUCUGGCAGUACGCCGUCACAUGCACAAGCAAAGACAUCGACACGCGUGGUUUGUGUCGAUGGUGUUGCAGGCUGAGACCAUUCAGCGUGUGCGGCCCGACAUUCUCGCUCUGAAGGAGUUUGAUUAUGACCCAUCAGGUAGCUGAGCUGUGGGGGACGUGUAUGUUCUUGCAUGUCGAGUUGCUCGGUCGCUCCUUCUCUCGCUUCUCUUCUCGCAGGAGAGACCCUGGACUUGUUCAAGGAAAAGUAUCUGGAGGUUCCCCAAGCUGACGAUGUGGAGGGCAUCAGCUACACUUACUCCAUGCAAAUCGUCAGCAACACCGGGGUUCUCUCGCGGGCGGACCUCAACAACGACGGCAACAUCAGCCUGCCUGACGAUGGCUACGGCUUCGGUUUCUAGUAAGACUGCCUGGAAUGCCUUGCGGAUUGAUUGACAGCUUCUCGGCAUUGUCUGUGUCUGUGUAGUCCGGGCCAAUUUGCCUUCGCCAUUCUGUCAGUCUUCCCCUUCGACGAGAAGGCCAUGCGAAGCUGGAGGCUGUUUAAGUGGAAGGUACGCCGUAAGUAAGGAGAGGCGAGGGAAAAAUGCUCAAUGAUGUGAUGUGAGACCGACCUGCACGUCCUUUGUUUCCUUCCUUCGCUCCUCUGCUUUGCCAGGACAUGCCAGGGAACCGCAUCCGUAACACGAACCCACCCGACUAUUACUCGCCCGAGGCUGUGGCAGAGCUGCGCUUGUCUUCCAAAAACCACAUUGACUUGCCUGUGGCUGUCACGGUACGUACACAUACACACAUACGUGAAAUUGAGAGGCAGAAAGAGGCGAUGAAGCGUGUGUACUGUGUGUGUUAUUUUUUCCCUGCCUUGAGCAGACCGACGACGACGAGUAUACAUUUCACAUGCUCGUGUCCCACCCCACGCCGCCUGCCUUCGAUCAGCCGUUUCUCUAUAACGUCCAGCGAAAUGCGGACGAAAUCCGCCUGUGGAUCGACUACCUUGAUGUCAACGCUGUAAGCCACGGGCCAUACACUUAUUUUGCUUACAGAGACGCGAAGAGACAGCGUGUACACACAUUGCGUGCUUCAUGUCUGCAGACCUACCUCGUUGACGACAGAGGAAGGCGUACAAAGGGCCUGGCAGACCUUAAGGCGAACUUUGCUGUCUUCGGAGACCAAGUAAAGAGCAGAAUAGGCAUCCUAUCCUGAUCGAUGAGGGACGCUACAAGUGCACUGCACUCAUAAUUGCGUCUUCCUUUGGUUGGAUGUUCAGAACAACGACCCAAACGGAGGUGACGGUAUCAACGAAGUCAUCGAACGGCUGAUCGAGCAUCCUCGCAUUGCUCGAUUCCCCACGCCUGCGAGCCUCGGAGGCUUGGAGAACAACGACACAUCACGAGAGUCUAUCCCGCCGGCCUUCCACACGGCAGACUUUGCCCUGCGCGUCGAUUAUGUCUUGCCAUCCAAGACGUUCAACGUUCUCAAGUCAGGUGAGCUAUGGUUGGGUGUGGGGGGUGGAGGGUGGGGAGGGAGACAGAGGGGCGGCCGCGUGGUAUAAAGACUCCAUGUCCACGUACCUGUUCUUCAUUGUACUGUUUGCUGCUUAGAGGUUAUAUGGCCGAGUACGGAGAGCCGCUUCAACUAUCUUGUGAACGCCUCCGAUCACCGCAUGGUCUAUGCUGAUGUCCGGAGGAAGAAAAAGUAGAUAAAUGCCUCCAUGUCAUGUGAAUGACUGCGCUCGUUUCGCUAGUAGGAGACAGCUCAGCUAGAAGGAAGCUGACUGUCAGCAGCGCCUCUUCAGGCUUUUUCUAGUAGGGUGAGCAGAGAGGCGUGUGCGCGUGUUGGUUCGGAGAAGGUUUUGUGUGCCCUUCUCCACUCGGCCUUUUUGGCAUGACCGCCUUUGCGUUCUGCUGGCAAAACGGGGUUCUGAGAGUGAUGUGUGCGUACGUGUGGUGAGACACGAGAUGGGGAGAGCAUGGCAGGCAGGCAAAAGGAGAAGCCGCGUGUCAAAUUCGCUGUCAAGUCA